AUGCUGAAAGAGCUUAUUGAUGAAGAUGACUUCUGCAGAAAGCUGAGGACAUCUAAGGAGGAAGACUCAAAAACUGGUUUCUAUAGGCUUUUUUAUGUUUUAUUGGACGAUCCGUCUCUGCAAGUGUUGGAAAGCCUUCUUUCUAAUUACACAUUGCAGGAUGUUGUAAACGGCCUCAAACACCUCAUUAAGUUCAAAUUCGAUAGACUAACUAAGGAGGUCUAUGCGAACAUACUUCUUGUGGUCCGAAUGAUGCUGGACUAUGAAGAAAACAUAGACACGCUUAUCAUAAAUCUUUUGCGGCACCAUCUAGUGGAGGAAGUGUAUUCGAUGUACAAAGACAAGCCAAAGUAUUUCAACAACCAUCCAAACUGUCUAUCAUUCUUGGCGUUCUUUUGUGCUCAGAGUAGCACUAGAAGAGAUGCUUUCGAAGCCAAUCUUAGCACACGGGACUUCUUGUUUAUGACCAUAAAGGAGAUGAUGUCAGGCUCCCACUUUGAAGAUCAGAAAAAAAAAAAGAUAAAGAAAGAAUCCAUCCAUGGAAGUUCUGAGUAUCCAAUCUUUCCAUUUACGUCUUAUUUUUCUUCAAAGAAACUCUUGCCGGCUCUGUUUAUGCCAACAUCUUUAAAUAUCCUAUCUUCCCAGCUUUCUGUGGACUUGGAGAUGAAUAUUAUGUUUAUCUUGGAGCAUGACCAAAACUUUGACUUUCAUUUAGAGCUCCUCUUCAAGAAUCAUAUAAGAAACUUGGAUGACGCAUGCAGGGUCCUAAGAUUUGUAGUUAACAUUCCAUAUCCGCAGAAUAUUGGAAGGCUAGUUAACUCACUUCUAGACAAGUAUCCGUCAUCGUAUAUUGCAGUAAUAUAUGAUAUGCUGUUCUGGAAUCAAAAGGAAAGGUUAAAUGGGAACCUGGUGGAGUAUCUCAAAGGAAAUAGUAACAAGAUUGCAGAAAAAAUAACUUCUCUUCAGGAAGAAUGGAAACCAUUGAAGCUAGCAAUGGAAAGUAUUAAAAAAAGGCAAGAAUGCACAGUAGAAAGCAUAACUAAGAUGAUUCAUGGUCUCAACUUUCAAAAGUAUUUUGGGCUUGUCAAGGAAAUGGAAAAAUGGGGUACUCCUAUAGUUCCAAAAGAAAUGUAUGAUAGAAUUAUAUUAGAAUCGUCUGAAUGGGAUGGGUAUGCUCAGGUUUAUCUAUGGAAAAUAAUAGGGUUUCAGAAAAUUUAUUUAGGACUGGAUGUUGACACACCAAAGAGAAUAGAAAGUCUUGAGGGAAUAGAGGGUUUUGAAAUUAUUAAGAGUCUCUCAAAUAUUAAAAAGAGAACUUGA